UCUCUUUCUCUCUCUCUCUCUCUCCUGGAAACUCAAGCUAACAACGUAACUCUCUCUUCCCUUUCUCUUUCCAUCAGCAUUCGGCAUUUGAUCGAUGAAGAAACUCGGUCAGAGUACGGAGUAGCUGAUGGGAGCUAAUCACAGAAGAACAAGCAUUGGAUCGGUGAGGCUACCGGCGAAAGAGCAGCUUGGGUCCAAGAAAUUUGAAGAAUUGCUUUAAUGUGCGUUGCAUGCGUUGAAAUCGUUGAACAUGAAUUCUCGAGUUAACAGCGGUGGGGAUUUUUAUGCGGCCAAUUUAUUGCUCAGAAACCAACAUCUUUAUUCCGGUUCCAGACCAUCUAGUAACAGUAGCUACCCCCAACAUGUACGCCAAUAUGGACUCCCCAUAUAUCAACCCAAUUAUAACCUGAACCCAGCAACAACGACACAAUCCAACCAAAUGUCAGUUUUUACCAACUCGGUCCAUUCGUCACUGGUCUCAUCUCAUCUGGAAAAUCUUGGAUAUGAUCAUAUCUCGGCAUCGUCUUUUCUUGUAAGAGAUGAAAGUUCAAGUUUCAGAAAGGAUGGCGAGGAUGACUUCAUCAGAAUGUUUCAAGAUGAAGCACCUCAUCAACACUGUGACGAACUUCUACAAAGCAUUGUGGACUCAUCAUGUGCUGGCAAUUCUACUCCAUUCAAGGGAAUGAAGGACUCUGGGAAGCAGAGGGAUCUAGAAAUUGAUCUCAACAAGACUCCAGAGCAGAGACCACAAAAAAGAAGACAACAUACACCAAUGGCAUUCUCAGGAGAAAAGUUUACUGAUUUACUUAAUCUUCCAUUGGAUGAAAGUUUAAGCCUUUACGAAGAAACACAGGAGAAUUUUGUCCCAAUUCUACUAGAUGAAGCAACUCAGAAACGACAUGAUGAACUCUUGAAAGAUUUCACGGAUACAUUAUCUGCAGCCAUUUCUGCACCAUGUGGAGAAAUGAAGGAAGUGGAGAAGGGCAGCGAUCAAGUAAUUGAUCUGAACAUGACACCAGAGCAGAAGACACCUAGGCGAAGAAAACAUAGGCCCAAGGUUAUAAAGGAAGGGAAACCCAAAAAGUCUCCUAAGCCUGUGACACCGAAGAUCACUAAGGAAACCCCAUCAGGAAAGAGGAAGUAUGUACGAAAGAAGAACAUCAAAGAGGCAGCUACUCCACCUCCGRACAUUGUAGAGAUUAAAGAUAAGCAUGCUGCGACUAAAACGAAAUCCUGCCGGAGGGUAAUUCACUUUGAGAUGGAAAAAACUGGAGAUGAGGACCAGGAAAAGAAACAGAAUGAGAAGGACACGCAAGAUGACCCGGGAAACUUUUGUUUCAUUACGAGACCAAACGUUUCAGACUUCUGCACCCAAAGUAAUGGUUUUUGUGAAAUAAGUUCAGAGGUUCAUAGCAGUCAUUGGCAUGGAACAGUGGUGGCUGAAAAUAUUCAACCAACAAUACARAGUAACCUUGCUCAUAUGAACCACAUGAUGACCUCUUUCAUAUCACAAUCUGAAAGGGAGGCAGCUAAAGACUCAUUAAACAAAUCAGCAUACAACAAAGCAGUAGAUCUGCYCAAUGUUGGAAGAAUUUUAGAUCAGGGAAAGGCAGAUCAGUAUCAAAAUGGAUUAAGCAAGGGAUACACGCCUGUUCAGCAACACGUCCGUGCAGAAGGUAAGGAGCAAUUUGUAAAUCAAGCUGAAAGAAAUACUUAUUAUAAGGGUCUGAUAGAGCUGAACUCUGAAUAUUCUCAAACAGUUCCAAAUCAUCCAUCCAAUAUCAAUGAAGCAAGGGGCUCAAAGAGAGGACGCCCGCAUACAACUCAGCCAACACACUCGUUUCCGAUAAAUACCCUGGACUCCUCACUGUUGUGUCAAGAGGUACUUCGAACGGGUGAGUGCCAUAGACAAGGCAGCAGCUUAAACGCAGGACCCUUAGAAAUUCCUGGGAAGAAAUUUGAGUCUGGACUCUAUGCAACCCUUUAUAAAAGAUAUUCUACUCUCGAUGCAAAUGAAGGUUGCUCAAGCCACCUCAUUAAAAGAAGUUACAAUUCGACCAAUUCUGUUGGAUUUACUGCAGAAAUGAAGCAGGCUAUGCUAAAUGGUCAUAUUAGAAGUAGCCAAACCACUGACAGACAAAAUAAUUGGACAAAAGAAGUUAGUGGUGACAGGUAUGUUAACUCAGUCGUCCAUGGAAACAAAUUUCAAAGGCAACAAAUCUCACACAAACUGCAUCCACAAAUAGAUGGAACGUGUGAGACCACUGGGUUGAAUAAGGUUACUAGCUAUCGCUCACUGAUUACUGGUGACAGAUGCAACGAGCUCCAACCAUUUCCUCAUCCAAAAGCCCCAGAACAAGGGUAUGCAUGCAGAUAUUCCAAUCAAGGCAACUCGUUUGGCUUUCAGCAGUUCCCCGAUAAAACAAAAGGUCUACUGGAAAAUGGGAUCAUACGCAAAUUGGAGGGUCUCAAUCUUAAUGACGAUGGAAGAACCAGCAGGCCGGAGCAAAAUGCUAUUGUUCCAUAUAAGGGAAAUGGUGCGGUAGUUCCAUAUGUGGAGUCUGACUAUGUAAGGAAACGUAAGGCACGACCCAGAGUUGACCUUGACCCAGAGACAGAGAGAAUAUGGAAUUUAUUGAUGGGCAAGGAAGGAAGUGAGGGCAUUGAAAAUCAUGAGAAAGAUAAAGAGAAAUGGUGGGAAGAGGAACGAAAGGUUUUUCGUGGUCGAGCUGAUUCAUUUAUUGCGAGAAUGCAUCUCGUGCAAGGUGAUAGAAGAUUCUCACAAUGGAAAGGAUCAGUUGUUGACUCAGUUAUAGGGGUUUUCCUUACCCAGAAUGUUUCGGAUCAUCUUUCUAGCUCUGCCUUCAUGUCUCUAGCAGCACGAUUUCCUGUAAAAUCUUUCAGCAACAAUAGAACCCAGGAUGAAGUUGGAACAAGCAUAGUGACAAACGAAUCAGCCGCUUGUCUACUAUAUCCAGUGGAUUCUAUAAGAUGGGAUGGUCAGGUAGUGUCUGUACCAAGGUUUCCGAUGCCCCAGACUUCAAUAAACCAUCAAAGUCACAGAGAAAACUUGGGGUCUGAAAAAAUUUUCACAGAGGUACGUAGUCAAAUUGUGGAGGAAGAAGUUAUAUCCUCACAAGAUUCUUUUGACUCCACGAUCACACAAGGUACUGGAGGGGCCAGAUCAUGCUCUGGAUCCAACUCAGAGGCGGAAGAACCCCUUGUAAGUUACAAUUCCAGCAACAUUCAUUAUUCAAAUUUCACAAAUGUCAAACAAACGGAGACAACCACCAUGUUACAGAAAUCCUUCAGUAACUUGAAUAGCAAUUCGGUUUUUGAUGAAGUCUCAGAACAUAAACAUUGGCAAUUACCAAACGGAAAACAAGAUUCACUAACAUCAGAGUGGAAUGAGAUCGACGAUCUCAACGGCCAUUCUUUAUUUAAUUUCCUUGUAAAUAUUGAAACCCAACAGAAGCAAGUACYAGGUGCUCCUUCAAACAAUCAGUUGCAUAUGACGCCUGAUUGUGGGGCAUUGGAGGUUGAAGGCCGUGAAGCAUUCAGUGAAGAGAGCAUAUCUUCUGGUCCCUCAAUUGCAUCUGGAUGCUCUACAGAAAAGAAUAUGAGCUGCCAUAGCUUAAACGUCGCGGAUCUUGUGGGAACUUUGGAUAAAACCAGUGCUGAAGAGAAUGGACAUGCAAGAUCUCUAGAAACAACCAGGAUGGAGCAUAGCGAAUCCGUUGGUGAGCACUCAGUACACCUGCAGAAUAACUGUAUCCAAUCAGGAUCUCAUUGUGAAUAUGGUCUUCAUGACAAUUAUGAUCAAUGUGAGAGGAACAAGACUUCCCCAAUCGAAAGUGCAUCAGUUACCAAUCCUCCCCAAGAAAUAGAUACACCAGCCAAAAUGCAGAAAAGCACCCUCUCCAAUGUGGUACACGUCCCUGUGCACACAGAAAAGUUGCUUGAUGUUGAGGACAGAAUGCCUGGAAAGGGCAACCAAAUAAACUUUUCAAAUAAUGAGGUCCAUUCCUUAUCUCAUGGAGGUAAUGAGGGAGAUAUUAGCCCUUCAAAAGCAAAAAGAAGAAAGGUCAAUAGCGAGAAAAAGAGUGCAAUGGAUUGGGAUAGUUUGAGAAAGCAGGUGGAAACCAAUGGACAAAGAAAAGAAAGAAGUAAGGAUGCAAUGGAUUCAAUAGACUAUGAAGCAAUCAGACUAACCAACGUUCAUGAGAUUUCUAACGCUAUCAAGGAACGAGGAAUGAACAACAUGCUAGCUGAACGAAUUAAGGAGUUUUUGAAUCGUCUGGUAACAGAUCAUGGGAGCAUUGAUCUUGAAUGGUUGAGAGACGUUCCCCCAGACAAAGCAAAGGAUUAUCUACUAAGUGUUCGAGGAUUGGGUUUGAAAAGUGUGGAGUGUGUCCGUCUAUUAACACUUCAUCAUCUUGCUUUCCCAGUUGACACAAAUGUUGGAAGGAUAGCCGUUCGGCUUGGGUGGGUCCCGCUCCAACCGCUACCCGAGUCACUUCAGCUGCACCUUCUAGAACUAUAUCCAGUGCUGGAGUCGAUUCAAAAAUAUUUAUGGCCAAGAUUAUGCAAACUUGAUCAACGAACACUGUAUGAGCUACACUACCAGUUAAUUACAUUUGGAAAGGUGUUCUGCACAAAGAGCAAGCCAAAUUGCAAUGCAUGUCCAGUGAGAGGAGAGUGUAAACACUUCGCUAGUGCUUUUGCAAGUGCCCGACUUGCUCUGCCAGCGCCGGAUGAAAAGCGAAUCGUGACUUCAACCAAUCCCAUCGCCAUGGAGAAGCAGCCAGGUGCAGUCACAAGUACUUUGCCAAUGCUUCCUCCUGCAGCAAGCACAUGUACUGAAAACGCCUUGGGCACCAGCAACUGUGAGCCGAUAGUUGAAGUACCAGCGACACCUGAACCAGAGCCCAACGAGAUAACUGAAAGUGACAUUGAAGAUUCGUUUUACGAGGAUCCUGAUGAAAUUCCUACCAUCAAACUCAGCUUAGAAGAGUUCAGAACAACUUUACAAAAUUACAUCCCGGAAGGUGACAUGUCGAAAGCUUUAGUUGCCUUGAACCCCGAAGCUGCCUCUAUCCCAACGCCAAAAUUGAAGAAUGUGAGCAGGCUACGGACAGAGCAUCAAGUGUAUGAACUCCCAGAUUCACAUCCUCUCUUAAAAGAGAUGGAUAGACGGGAGCCCGAUGAUCCAAGCCCAUAUCUUCUUGCGAUUUGGACGCCAGGUGAAACGGCAAAUUCGAUUCAACCACCAGAACAAAGUUGCGGAUCCCAAGAUCCAAACAGACUCUGCAAUGAGAAUACAUGCUUUACAUGCAAUAGUAGAAGAGAAGCUAAUUCUCAAACCGUCAGAGGAACGCUCCUGAUUCCUUGCAGAACCGCAAUGCGAGGGAGCUUUCCACUCAAUGGAACAUAUUUUCAAGUCAACGAGAUGUUUGCAGAUCACRCAUCAAGUCUGAAGCCUAUUGAUGUACCAAGAAAUUGGCUAUGGAACUUACCUAGACGAACAGUCUACUUCGGAACAUCGGUAUCGACGAUAUUUAAGGGCCUGGUGACAGAGGAGAUUCAGCAAUGCUUUUGGAGAGGAUUUGUUUGUGUCAGAGGAUUUGAUCAGAAAUCUCGGGCACCCCGGCCUCUUAUUGCUAGAUUGCACUUUCCAGCAAGCAAGCUGGCCAAGAUGAAAAAUGGACAUACAGAAUAGCCAACUUUCUAUGUAAAAGGCGGAAAGGUAAAAGCAAGAGCAACAGAGGAUUACUGACUGCUAAAGAAGAUCUCCAACUAACCUAUUGUUCUAGAUUCUUAAUUAUUCUUGGUCUAACGUGAAAUGCAAUCACUGCAUGUUAGCCAAGCGGCAGAGGAAAAAAUUACCAAAUUGAAUUUUAGAAUCCAUAAGUGAGAUGUAGUCUCUACCCUCUAUUGAUAUUCUUAUGAUUAUUCUCAAUUCAUGCUCGAAACAGAGCCAUUCUUCAAA